AUGCCCCGAGGACGCAGGGGCUGUUGGACAUGUCGCAUCCGGCACAGAAGAUGUGACGAGUCAUCCCCAGAGUGCAAAGAGUGCAGUACUCGAAGUAUUACUUGCCAUGGAUACGACCUCGAUCCUCCAGAAUGGAUGAGCAAUGAUCAGUUACUGCAAGAAGAGCUUCGGCGGAUCAAAAUUGCAGUCAAGGAGAAUUUCCGACGCGUCAAGACCAUUCAGAACCGCCAACUUGCUCGGUCAACAGCUCAAGCAGCACAAGCUUCGCGUGCGAAAGCCACUUCUCGACCCAGAGGCGAAAUAACUCAACGUCCAGCGGGCUCAUCAACUACAAACAUCAUCUUUCGAGAGGCGCAGUAUCUGGUUCAUUACCUCGACUACAUCUUUCCCAUCCAGUAUGCUUUCUACGUCGAUGCACCAGAUCAAGGAGGGAGGGGAUGGCUCUUCUUCCUUCUUGAAAGAAAUGCACCUCUUCGAAACGCAGCUUUGACGCUUUCCGCCUUUCAUCAACAUACCUUCUCACCCUAUCAUACGGAGAACCAAGAAGACGAACUGUUGCAAUAUCAUACCAAAGCACUUCAAGAACUCCGACAUGUCGUCCGCCAUCGAGACGUCGGUGCUUCUGCCGACAACAUCGAGGAAUGGCUCAAAUUCCUUGCUGGGGGCAUGUUCUUGAUCUCCUUCGAGGUCUUCCAAGGUGGUACAAACAACUGGCAAGCGCACUUCAACGCCCUCGUAUCCGUUAUCCAGAACCUGACUUCCUCCGACUUUCAAUUCGACGCGUCCGAUCCAUCGAGCCCAGACUUUGACUUCCAGCGAGGCAUGAAUAUUGCGCAAAAGUUUAUUCUCUCGAACCUUGUCUGGAUCGAUAUACUCGCGCCACUGUCUACGGGGACUUCACCGAGGCUACCAUAUCACGACUGGCUAGACGCUGGAAAGAUUGACAUGUCGAGGGUUAUGGGCUGCUCGAACUGCAUCAUGGUCGCGAUCGGUGAUAUGAUGGCCCUAGAUUCCAAGGCUAUGACUAUGGACAACGAGUCUUUACAAGUUUCCAUCGAUGACUUGGACAAACGCAUCAAUAACGGAUUAGAAGCGGCAUUAGAUGAUGGAUCGACGUUGACACUUACCAAUCGCUCCGUAACCCACCUCUUUGCAACUGCAGCACUCGUCCAACUAUACACUCUUGCUUUAGAACACAACAUCAGUUCACCAGACCCUCAUGGUGCCGUAUCACGAGUCAUCCAAGUAUUGGACAGCCUACCUCCACAUAUAUCUCUUCGAGCAACGCCAUGGCCUCUAUGCAUUGCCGGUUCCAUGGCGCUUCCUCCUAAUGAGCAGUUCUUUGACGAUUUGUUGACGAAGCUCAUGGACCAUGCUGAGGCAGGCUUCACAAAUUGUGGUACGGUUUAUAAAGUGAUGCAAAAUGCAUGGAAGCAACGACGGCGAGACCCAAGUAGACUUUGGAGUGCAAGGCAAUCAAUGGAGGAUAUGGGUAUCUGUGCUCUUCUAAUAUGA